AUGAAGGGAGAAUAUUCUAAACUCUAUUGGCUUGGAAGGAUUGAAGAAGCAAAGCUUCUGCGGGCCCAAGGUCAAUAUGAGAUGGCAAUUAAUCUUGCAAAGUACAUCUCUCAAAAUCGCAAAAUGAAUGAGGCGGCAGCAGAUGUUUUUGGCUCUGCUGGUGUAAUAGAAAAUCCCAUGGAUUUCGCAAGGAGUGUGGGAGUUGGCAUCAAAUAUUUCCUCUCAGUUCCGGCCAAAAGCUUUAUGAAGGCAUGCUUAACAAGAUCACCAUUUGAACUUGUGAGAUGCAAGCUGACUUUGUAUUACAGUCAUUGGCAAAUGAAUGAGGUUUUCCAGCUUAAAGUUAAUGGGGUUUCCUUUAUGUCUAUUCCAAAAUCAUCGCAGAUAAAGAAUGCAGUUGAGGUGAGCUAUUUCACUUACAGACCCAGAGGUGGGAUCAAUCAAAUUCCUGUUGAUUGCACGAUUUUAGGAGAUGUGAGGCUGACCCAUUUUUACAAUGUGCUAGAUGUAAUUAAGAAGCUAAAGGAAUAUGUAGAAGAUUUAAAGAAAAAUAUAGAGAAGAUUGCUACAAGGGGGUGCGUGUCAAAAUAUGUCUUACCAGAUAAGAACUUUAGAGGGAAUUUUCAUGCUUUAUCAGGGUGCUGCAAAUAUACAAGUGGCAGGAGCAGAUAUGAACAACAAGAGCAGCCGAUCACAUAG